AAAAAAUGUUAUGUUAAAAAUUAAUAUUUCUGCGCGUGGCGCAUGAAAACUCCUAGUAACCACAUUAAAAUCCAACCAUGAUUACACUAUUUAUCAGAAUUAAGUGAAAAUAAAAAGUAUAUGUAAGUUUAUUAGAUUGUCUUUUAAUGAUUACGGCUAUUAUUAGCGUGGCAAUAAACACAUUAAAUCUAUUACAAAAAUGAGAUUUAAAUAGUUUCUUUUCUUUUGUCAGUUUGGAUGAGAUAUGGUUUUUGGAAAUACAUACCUUUUAAGUUCCUUACAAACAAUAGAAACGUGAUUUAUUUGACUUGUUUUUAACUCAUUAAAGGGAAAAUCCAUAGAUGUAAAAAUAAAAGAUAACUUCCCUUUUAUUCUACAAAGAGAGUGGUACAAUGGUAAAAUGGACACAAGAAUAGCUUAUAAAAGGCCACAAGACAUGACACAAACAUGCAUACUCCCAUCUUCACCUCUUCAGACCAAACUGAAAAAAACGAGAAGGUAAUCUACCUUUCUCACUAUUUUUUUCCAGUUUCUUUCAUUAGAUUGUAAUCCAUAUUGGCUAGAAUUCUGUUUCUGAAUCAUAAUGCGAUAUCCCGGUAACCUCUUUUAAUGAGAGAUGAUCAUCGAAAUUAUCUACUUUUUCUAUAAGUAGUGUAUACUUCAAUUUUCUUGACCAACCAUUUUGGCUUUUUGAUCAUCUGUCGUCCAUAUAUGUCAUGCAACUUGUUUUCUUGCUUAUGAUAUCUAUUUUAGGAUCUCCAUGCACCUUUGCUUUCUUCUGUAAUAGUAGUGUCAGUUAGCUCCCAGUAUAAAAUAAUCUUCAGUGUUGUGUGGAAGACUGAUUUGAGCCUUGAAAUUUAGUCCUUAAGAAAAAGGUUUUGAACUUAGUUUUCACGGUUGAGUGUUGUUUCUGGCAAAUGUUGACAUCAUUUUAGCAGGAAAAAUGCCGAAGGUGCCAAGCAACAGGACCAGAGUGUCACCAUACCCGCUUCGCUCUACAAGGACUCAGAAAGAACCUAUCGAGGCACAAGGCCCAAGCCAAUGGGAGGAUGUCUUGUGUGUGAUCUGCCAGGAAGCGCCACACAAUGCCAUCCUCAUGCAGUGCUCUUCAUCCUCUACUGGAUGUCGUGCCUAUAUGUGCGACACGAGUGUUCGUCACUCCAACUGUUUCAAGCAGUACCGCAAGAAAAACAUGAACCGCGUAACCAAGGCCUUUAACUGUCCUUACUGCAGAGGAGAGGUCUAUGAGGCGAUGAAGGUGCAGUCAGGUGGAAGGAGAGCUCUGAAUGCUAAACCGAGGUCUUGCGCUUUCGAGAACUGCAACUUCUCGGGGACAUAUUCUCAGCUUAAGAAUCAUUUGAAAGCUGAUCACCCCGGUUCCACCCGACCUUUGGUUGACCAGGAGAGAGAGCGGGUGUGGGAACAGAUGCAGAGAGUUACUCAGUACAAUGAUAUCAGUAUUGCAGCUGGUCUCCCACGUAGCGGCUUCGAGGUUUUGCAUCAACAGCUUCCCGAUGUUCCUCCUCGUCUGGUGAUCCUGCUUUGGGUCAAUGGAGUGGUUCAGGGCAUUUUGCAUCAUCAACUUCCCAACAGUCUUCCGCAUAGUUUCGAGAUCCGGGCUGGGGCCAAUGGGGUGGUGCGGAACUAUCUUCUGUGCUUCCGCGGACUUGGUGCUGCUUCGCCUCUCAGUAUUCAUGAUUCUUAACUUUGUAUAGUGUCUUUUAAGUAGCCAAAGUUUUGAACAUUGUUCAAAAGUUUGAUAUCUUUUUUUUAGUAACACCAAAAGUUUGAUAUCUAAUUAAGCUUUUUGAUGUCUCAAAAGUAUCCAUAAUGUUCAAAUUACCAUAACAUUAUGUAGAGCAUAUAUAUAUUAGGUGAUUAUCCCGUUCUUUUAAAUAAAGUAAAUAUAUUAUAAUAACCAAUUAAUGUUUUACUUUCAGUUUUAAUUUUUUGUAUCGCAUCUAUUUUUCCAAAUUCAACAAUAACUUUUUUGUUCUAAAUUAUAUAUAAAAUUUUGAUUAAUUUUUUUAUUUGCAUUUAGGUUGGUUGUUACCUUUAUAGUAAAAUUAUGUAUAACUUAAUACCUAUUGCAGAAAAUUAAAUAGAAAAUAACUAAAGUUGACUGAUUCAAAAUUACACAGACGAACAUAAGAAUUAUAUUUGCUUGGGAUUUUUGUUAUAUGUAUAUUUGAUUUUGUACGAAUAUAAAGAAAAAGUUAAAUUAAAAAUAAAGUAAAUAUUAAGGAAAAUAAUCGAUUUUUCAAUAUGUAAAGUAUAAUACUUUUAGUUUAUUGAAAGUAUCUAAAGUUAUGCUAGUUAAAAAGCUUUUGUAAUUAUUUGAUCAAAAAUAUGUUUAUAGUAAAGAAGUAUUUUGAAUUUCCUUUUGUAAUAUAUAUAUUAUCUUUCUUAAAAUAUUUGUUUUUAAAUAUUUAAACAUUUUAAUAAUAAACACCAAUUUUUGGGAUAUGUUUUUGAAAAAUCAUCUUUUAUUAGUUAAAUUUUUUUUAUAACUUUAUAUAUAGAUACUUUAUCUUUUUGCAGUCUGAUAAAAAUGUAAUUAAAAGUGUUGUUAAAAUUUUUAUGAAAAUCCUAAUAUGAAAAAAUGAAUAAAUCAUCUCACUAAUAGUAACUAUAAAAUAUGUUUAGUCAACUAAAGAUAAUUCAUUUUAUGUUAUUUAAAUUAUUAUUUUUAAUAAUCUACCUAAAUGUAUAGAUAUAAAUAAGUAUUUUUAUUAUUUUAAAAAAAAUAUAACAGAAUGCUUUUUAAGAUAAUGUUUUGAAAGGAAGAUUUUUUUAAUAUCAAAAUUAUUUUUUGUGAAUUUUUCUUUUUAAUGAAAUCACAUUAUAUAUUAAAUAUGUACAUAUUAAAUUUGUUUUAAAAUUUUAGACAUGUUUCCUUUUAUGGUAGAUAUGUUAUUUGAAAAAAUAAAAAUAAAACUAAAUUAAAAUUUAGUUGACAGCAAGUAAUAAAUAAAUAGUUUAAUAAUGAAAAUUAUUAUAUAGACUUUUUUUAAUUUUUUAUGAGUAACUAUAUAACCGAAUAUAGUAAAAAAUAAAUAUGAACACGUCACGCAAAAAACUGACUUCUAAAAUAAUAUUAUAGAGAUAAUAUUCAGCGUUUUCAACCCAAAAACAAAACGUUGUGCAUAGAGAAAGUACAAGCUUAAGGUUGGACGUUUUAGAGUAUCAUCAAGUUCGGCUCAUCUUUACUUAAACAACCAAUUCCUUCUUCUAGAUAGUCCUCUCUAUUGAUUCAGAACUCUGGUGCGUCCUGCAACAUAAAUCCUUCAACAAAUUUUCUCUUGACAAUCAUUUCACGUACUAGAGUUUCAAGGGUUUUUUGUUGCGAAAGAGGAAGCAUUGAGGUUUGGAAAUGCUGUGGAAGAGCACAAUGUCAGAAAGAAGAUUUAAUAGUUUCUUCCAGCUUUGUAACAAAACUGUAAUCGUCAAUCUACAAAUGUGAUGGAAGGAAAGUAUGCAUUGCCAAUUCACUAUUGUACUAUCGAAAAGCUGUUUUUUUUAUAUGUACAAAAGAAGCAACAACACAAAAAAAAAAACAAGCCUCUCUGGAUCAAACAUCACUCCAAAGCUUCAAAAAAGAAACAAACAAUCUCUGAUGUGUCUCCACCUACAAGUUUCAAACAACAUCUGCCCAAAAAAUGUCACAAACACUCAAAAGAGCUCUUGGAAUGAAUCUCUCUUGCAUCAUCGUCAUCCCCCCUCUCUGGAAGUAUCAAAACUGAAAUUAGCUCAAGUGUGUGUUUUGCAGAGGGUUUUCAAUAAGUAGAUUUUCACUCAUACUCAGUAUUAACCUUUUCUUUUAUUUCUCCAUGCUAGUUGUACAAUAACAACAAUAUUAUAACAAAA